AUGCCGUCUAGUGAAGUAAAUCAGUAUGAAUUAGCGUCUAGAUUAUUGUCUCUAACUGAAAAUACAUCCUACACAUUAACUCAAAUCAAUGGGCAAAGGAUUUACAGAAAAGCACCCCAUGCAUGGGUUGGUCCGGAACCUAUUAGGAAGUGUGAGGUUUUCAUUGGUCGUAUUCCACAUGACUGCUUUGAAGACACUUUAGUACCACUGUUCCAGCAGGCCGGUGAGCUAUUCGAGUUCCGCCUCAUGAUAAACUUUUCUGGUUGGAAUAGGGGGUAUGCUUUUGCCAUGUACACAACUCCAGCUGCCGCUAGCAAUGCUAUUUGCAUGUUUAACAACUAUUUGAUUCGUCCAUCUUGGCAACUUGGUGUGUGUCCGUCAGUGAAUAACUGUCGCAUCUUCAUAUCUCGCAUCCCGUCAACCACAUCCUCCAUAGAGAUAGUUCGUCUGCUCUAUGCUCUCACUGAAGAGGUCCACGAGGUGCGCAUCCGUCGCUCUGGCGGCGGUUGUGCUGCCAUAGUGGAGUAUAAGUCUCACCGCGGCGCUGCCAUGGCGCGGAAGGCUUUAGUAGCGGCCGCAUCUGCAGCUUGGGGCUCCGGUGCUCGUCCCGCCGUUGACUGGUCGCUGCCUCAGUCGCCGCACCUGCUGCGACAGUACCGUGAGGUUGGUCGCUGGACGCCAGAGCGCGGUGUGGAGAUUUACCAAUUGCGCGAUGAGUUGGUUCCUGCUGCGACCGCGUCGUACACGCUCGAGCGCUGGUCUCAAACUAGGCGUCUCCUCAUGAUAUACGAAGCUCAGCGUGCCAGGAGCGCCCCAAACCUCGCUCCGGUCGCAGACCCGAUUCCCGCUCCUCAAAAAACCAUACAAAUACCACUCCAGGAUGAAGCUUGUGGCCCAGAGAUUAGUCAAAACUAUGGGCUUAUUAAUAACUGGUCUCAUUCUUUGGGCAACGUAACAUCCAAUAUGGGGUCCUUGAAUAUUAAUGGAACAUAUAACUCUUGGAAGGAUGGGGGGGCCACAGAGAACAAAACUCUGGACUACAAUCCUUGGACCACUCAGCAUCCGCUGCGAGACCCACGCGACAAGAAGCCACAGGAGUGA